AUGAAGGGCUUCUUGGUUGCCUGCGGGCUACUGGCCUCAUGUGUCUCUGGCCACGUGCAGAUGUCCAAGCCCUAUCCGAUCCGGAGUCCGUUGAACCAGCAGUCAAGCGGUCAGAAAGAUUAUUCCUACACAAACCCUCUGUCAACGAGUGGAUCUGAUUACCCGUGCAAGGGAUAUGCCAAUGAUCCAUUUCAAUCAGUUGCCGAUUAUACUCCCGGCCAGACAUAUGAGCUCGAGUUGCAGGGUAGCGCCACUCACGGCGGCGGCUCAUGCCAGAUCUCUCUCUCCUACAACCAAGGGCAGACCUUCAAAGUCAUCCAUUCCAUUCUUGGAGGAUGUCCCAUCAACCUGAAAUACAAUUUCCAAAUCCCUUCAGAUGCGCCGUCUGGUGAGGCGCUGCUGGCUUGGUCAUGGUUCAACAAGAUCGGAAAUCGCGAAAUGUACAUGAAUUGCGCGCAGGUUACCAUCACGGGCGGUUUCCAGGGUCGCCAGCACGCUCGGGAUUUGUCUCCCAUGCUCUCGCCUCGUGCCGGUGGCUUUGACAGUCUUCCACCCAUGUUCCAAGCCAACAACAACGGUCCGGGUCACUGCAAGACGGUCGAGGGUCAGGAGGUCAACUUUCCCAUGCCAGGGCCUUCUGUUGAGGGCUCCUUGGGUGGGACGGGAUAUCAGUGCGAGGGCUCUUCCGACUUCCUGGGAGGUGGAAAUUCUGGCUCCAGAACUGCAGCAGAUUCCUCAUCCGCAGCAUCAAAGACGAAUGCGCCCAAGGCUUCCUCAUCCUCCCACGCUGUUGCCUCUGUUGCUCGUCCGUCGUCGUCUUCAGUGGCGAGACCUUCAGCCACCCCAACGCGUCUGCACGGGGUUCCUGUAUUCAACCAGCCCGAGGUUUCUGACUAUGCUCGUCCCGAGGAGGGAAUGCAACCUCAGGCCACCUAUCCUCGUCCCGAACAACAGUCUAAGCCUCAGUCUGCCUUCCCAUUCAUGCCCGAUUUCCAAUUCGGCUUCGACUCUGAAGGCAAGAAUGAGCUUGAGUCUGCGUUUGACUUCUUACCCGAAAUGGAGAACGAUUCCGCGCCUGCAUCGGAGAAUGAUGUCGAGCCCGCGCCGGAGAAGAACAAUUUCGGGUUCAAGCCCAAGCACGACUUCAGACCCGAGCACGACUUCAGACCCGAGCACGACUUCAGACCCGAGCACGACUUCAGACCCGAGCACGACUUCAGACCCGAGCACGACUUCACGCCUACCCCUACUCAGCAGGGCUUCCCUGAUACUUGCGAGCAUGGUGAAAUCCUCUGUGGACCUGGUGGCACGACUUGGGCCAUGUGCAACUUUGGCCGACCUGUAAACAUGGGACUUGUUGCUCCUGGCACGCGCUGCCGACACGGCGUGAUUGAACAUGCUUGA